UGCUUCGCAACUUUUUUUCUGGAUUCCUGCAAAUAUUUGUGUCCUAUGGAAAUGGUACUGCAAAACUACACAUGUCACAAUUUUACACUGCACAAUGGCCUUCUGGAAGUCAAAGUUGCUGAAUACUCCGUAAACGACCGUAGUCUUUUAUAUCAAAGCAAAAGUUUUAUACAGUUAGCAGCAAAGAGUACCACAAAAUUUAACUAUACAUUUCAGGAUUACUACACAAUCUUUGAAAUAAAAAAUAUAAGUGUAAACGAAAUAUGUGAUACAAAAAAUAUAAGCAUCCAUUUUGAAAAUGAUUUAACCGUGACGUGGGCUGAAAGGCCAAUUUUGAAGACAAACGAACCUAUAAUUACAUCAAAGAUGACCAUUGAAGUUUAUACUGCAGUCCGGUGUAGUAUGCGUUUUGAAAUAUUUGGAACUGUUCCAUUCAAAUGUCACUUACACACUCCGAACCUCUUUACUGAAUUUACAUUGUCAUCAUGUGAAGCAACAGACUCCUUAUUAUAUUGUUUUAAAUAUGGAAAUACAACAGUAUCACCAACAAUCACAACACAACCAAUGAAUACAACAAAUACUACUACUGCUGUUGAUACUACUACUGCUGUUGAUACUAAUACUGCUGUUAAUACUACUACUGCUACUACUGAUGGUGAUACUUCUACUACUACUAUUAUAACAAGCCCAAUAACAACAACAACUAUUGAUACCAGUGUAACAAACGCAACACCAACAACAGAAGCAACAAUUGAAACAAGUACCGUAGCAGAAGGAACAGAAGAAGAAGGAGGAGAAGCAGAAGCUACAUCACCAACAAUAACAACUUUUGAGGCAAACAUGACAUCAACAAUGAUGACCGGAUCAUCAAAUCCAGCAGAAAAGAAUUCCACUGAAAAUGAAACUUUAUGUCUAUGUGCCUGCUAUGUGGAAACAGCCGAACAUUUUGAAAAACGAAUGCAGGAGACCCGUAAGGAACUAUCUGUGAAACGAAAUGAAACAUCAAGGUAUAUUUCCAAGAAAAUAAGUGCUAACGAUGACAGACCUUCAUCUCAAGCUAUUGGUGCAUUGGCUGUUGCCUUGUUUACAGUUCUGGCUUCAGUAAUUAUUAUUCCAGAUAUUUUGUCAUUGGCCAGGUAUCUGUUUUUACAUAUGUAAUUUUUGAGGAAUAAAUUUAACUGUAGGCAGUAAAAUAUACUAUUGUAAACAGGAGUAAAGAGAAGCUAGAAGACAUAUAAAAGAUAGAAGAGACUAUAAAGAGAAGGUAAAGAAUAUAAUAACAGGGUGUAUGUUCCUACCUUGAAUGAAUCACUCAAGAAUGAACCUGUUUCUUUGAUUUAUUUAACUUUUCAAAAUGAGCACUAUAGUACAUUGAGCAACAAAUUCAUAAAUUUCAGUCAGUAUUUUUCUUUCUUCAUGAAAUUUCUUUUGUUUUAAAAGUGAGAUAAUUUCUAUCAUUUAAAUCAUGUUAUAUUUUCUGCAAUUCAGACAGUAUCAGGAUAAUAGUAAUUACAAAGAAAUGGAACAAAUGGGUCACCUUUGCAGACUGUCACCUUGGCUUCAACUAUUCAAAUGUUUUAAUACAGAUAAUUUCAUUUAAAAUUUGAAAAAAUAAUUAUAUGAGUCAAAUAACAUUUGUUAUUGUAGAACUGAAAUAAAUAAAUAAUCUUAGAUGGUCAAAUAAGAAAUGCUAAUGUCAUUUUUUACAAAAAAAAAAAAAAGAAGAAAGAGAGACUUGUCAGAACUGGUAGUGGUUUUAUCAUUUAUUCCCAGUAGUGUCAAGAAGCUGCCAACACUUUUUUCUGCAAAUUAGGGGUAGUUUAUCCUGUUCCGGCU